AUGAGUUUAUAUGUUUAUGGUGAUAAAAAUGUUGAAGUUCCUACUCAACUUCAUUUUGGAAAAUACCUAAUGAAACAGUUGCUUAUGGGAGGAGACACGAUUGCUGUGGAACAUGCGGAUACUGAAGAAAAAUUAACAUACAAAGAGCUGUUGCAACAUGCAGUCAAUUUGGCCAGUGAACUGAUGAAGCUGGGAAUUGGAAGAGGAGAUAUUGUAGCUGUGGGUUCGGAAAAACGGAACACACUAAUAAUCACUAUAUUUGCUGUAACUUUUACGGGAGCUACCUAUACUGCGUAUGAUUUGCAUAGUGGAAAAUUUUCUCUUAAGCACAAAAUAUCAGUGGCUCACCCUAACUAUUUCAUAUUUUCUAAGUCGUUUUGGGGAUUGUAUAAUGAAUUAUUAUCACCUGAAUUGAUGACGUUAAUGACUUUCGACGAUGAACCAACAUCAGCGCAUUCAAUAAAGUCCUAUAUAAAUAAUGACGUUGAUAUAAAUAGCUUUGAGCCGGGGGAAGUGUUCGGGCAAAUGGAUAUUGCGUUAAUUCUUUAUUCGUCGGGAACAACUGGACUGCCGAAAGGUGUUCGGUUAACUCAUAUGAACUGUAUAUUAAACAGUUUACCAUACAAACUGGACCGUGACAUUACUAAGACAAUUUUCACGUGCGGAGAGUGGUUUCAUAACUAUGAUAUAUUUUCCUUAUACAAAUUUAUAAGUGCUGGAAGUACAAUAAUUUACCUCUCUGAUGUUACUUCGCAAAGAAUUGUGGAAUGCAUUGAUAAAUAUAAAAUUAGUAUGGCGAUGUUAGUACCUUACCUAAUUGUCGGUCUAUGUAAAGUGAAUAAUAACUACAACUGGGACUCCCUAAGAAUCAUUUAUAAUCGAUCAGCACCUCUUCAUAACAAAACAAUCGAACAAGCUAAACAAAGAUUUCAGAAUGUUAAAAUUUUUCAAGGUUAUGGUAUGACUGAGUGUGGUGAACUCACAUCUGAAACAUGGGGUCAUAUGGGACCAAAGCCUGGGAGUGUCGGAAUGGGAUCUCCAGGUAUUAUUUUGAAGAUUUCAGACCCGAAAACAGAUGAAACGCUUGGUCCGAAUCAAAGGGGUGAAAUACGUGCUAAGGGUCCUGUUCUUAUGAAUGAUUAUAUUGGAAUAGAUCCUGCUACGUAUUUAGAUAAAGAUGGAUUCCUUAAAACUGGCGAUUGGGGAUAUUAUGAUAAUGAUAAUUAUUUCUAUAUAGUUGACAGGAUCAAGGAAAUAUUGAAUUAUCGGGGUGAUCAGGUACCGCCACUGGAACUAGAGACUAUUCUACAAUUACAUCCAGAGGUCCUGGAAGCAGCUGUAGUUGGCAAAUAUGACGAGGUAUGCGGAGACAUUCCAACAGCCUUCGUUGUUCGUCAACCAAACGCCAAAGUGACAGCUAAAGAAUUAAUAGACUACGUUGCUAUUGAGGUUCCAUCGUUCAUGCAGUUGGCGGGUGGUGUAAUAUUUAUUUCAAAAUUACCAAGAAAUCCUCGAGGAAAAGUCCUACGCAGUGACCUAAGAAAACUAUUGAAUGAUAAUAAUUAA